AUGUCUCGCGCACGAAGGAGACUCGCCUUCGUGGCCUCUCUCAUCCUCCUCGUAUCCCCGUCCCUCGCCCAAACCCCCGACAACGACUUCAGCCUCUACCCCUCCUCGGCGCGACCUUGUCUCCUCGACGCCAGCGACCGCUCCAAAUGUAAGGGCGACGAUGUCCCCUCCAACAACCGCUGCCUCUGCAGCAAUGGCGGCGACUUCGUCACAAACGCCGCGACCUGCAUCGGCACCGACGCGCCAGACACCCUGCUCACCGUCUACACCACAAUGCGCACAGCCUGCAGCGAUUCCGGUACCGAAGUGAGCAUCUCUCAAGCCGAGUUCAUGGCCCUCGGUGCCAGGGCGAGCAGCAUCGCCGCGACGGCAACGACGACAAGGAGCUCGCCCUCUGCCACGGGCUCGACGACGACGACAACAACGGCCGCCAGCAGCGAAACCAGCGCUCCCUCCGAUGUGCCUGUAGACACGGGUCUCUCGACAGGCGCCAAGGCAGGCAUCGGCAUCGGGUCUGCUGUCGGCGCCGCCGUCUUCAUCGGCUUCGCGGCCAUGGCAUGGAGGUCGAGGCGCAGCCGCAAGGCGCACGACGAGGCGCGACCCAUGCUCGGCGCGGCGGGCGUGUGGCAUGCCGGUGGCGGCGGCCAGGGCGGUCUGCGGACAGGAAGCCCCGAGUUUGCGGCGACGCCGGAGCAGCAGGCCGCCGAGGCCGAGGCCGAGGCCAAGAAGUGGCGGCCCGUGUCGGAGCUGACGAGCGCGGGCGGCACCAGCCCCGGGUAUCCCCCAUCUUCGUGGGCAUCGCCGCCGCAGGCGCACCAGUCUUGGGGCCAACAUCCCGAUCAGGCCUGGACGGGGGGGCACCUCUCGCCGCCGCCGCCGACAUCAGGGCCGCAGGGAGCCGUGCCAGUGGGACACGGCUAUGGGCAGGAUCCGGGCGUUUACGAGCUUGCCUCUGUUGCGGUUGACACGGCUCCCGUGCCGAACCAACCGUCGGCUGUGCAUCAUGCUGUGGAGAUGCCUGGGUCGCCGGUACCGGAGCAGUACAACAGUAAUGGGAGCUGGAGGCCAUGA